CUUGUCAAAACUUUGGCAAUCUUGUCAAUCCUGAUUAGCCGAUUCCCAUCCCAUUUAUCUGCUUCAUCGUUAACGCCCCAUCCACUAGCGGUUCUUGUUCCUUUACUAUCUCAUCCUCGGCCGGUAGUACGAAAGCGCGCGAUUGUGACGUUGUCCCAAUUUAUCACAAUAUCUCCCCCUGAGCUCUUCUCAGAAUUAUUCACCGACAAUGUACUGCCUUACUUGGGUCCAUCCGCAAAUAUUGAAAAACAGCGGACUACUGUCAAUCUAGUUGCUGCAGUUGCCAGACACUCGCCCUCUCAACUUGCCCCAAUGUUGAGUGAGAUUAUGCCCGGUAUCAUUAAGGCUGUCCAGAGGGAAGAUGACGAACUGCGCGAAGGGUGUUUACAGGCAUUGGAAAUUUUGCUUUUGCGUUGCCCUGCGGAAAUUGCCCAGUACGUUCCCUCUAUCGUGCAAGUAGGCAAUCAAUACAUCAAGUACGAUCCCGUGAGUACCUUAUGA